AUGGCAGCCACCGUCGCAAAGACUCAGGUCCCAGACCUAUCGGCCGGAAUAUCGCCUGCGUCGGCAUCCCACGCUGCCAUCCACAGUGUCAACGAGAGCGCCAUGGCAGUAGCCGGUGAUCGCAAUGUAGAGCCUUUACCACCCACCCGCAAGUUCGAACUGAACGACUUUAGGCUCGUUCGCACCUUGGGCACAGGGACAUUUGCUCGAGUAUGUCUGGUGUGCCCCGCUGGCUCCAACCCGCAGAGCGCCGACCAGUCAAACAUCAAGUACUAUGCCAUGAAGAUACUGAGAAAGACAGAGGUGAUCAAACUCAAGCAGAUUGACCACGUCCGCCAUGAGCGGGCAAUCCUCGCUGAUGUUGCAGGGCAUCCCUUCAUCACCAACUUGCGUGCCACUUUCGCGGACCGUGAUUCCCUAUACAUGGUCCUCGACUACGUGCCCGGAGGCGAGCUUUUCAGCUAUUUACGGAAAUUUCGCCGGUUUGAUGAGCCCACGGCACGUUUCUACGCAGCCGAGAUCGUUCUUGUGCUGCAGUAUUUGCACGAAGAUCAGGGUGGCGUGGCCUACAGAGACCUCAAACCGGAAAACCUUCUGCUGGAUGCGGAUGGCCACAUCAAGUUUGUCGACUUUGGAUUUGCAAAAAGGCUCGGGCACCAGGGGGACCGACCCGUAGAAACAUACACACUAUGCGGGACUCCCGAGUAUCUGGCGCCGGAGGUAAUCCAUAACAAGGGUCACACAGCAGCCGUGGACUGGUGGGCUCUCGGCAUCCUGGUGUACGAGUUCCUCACAGGAUAUCCUCCUUUCUGGCACCAGAAUCCAAUCGAAAUAUACAAACAGAUCGUGGAAAAGCCCGUCCUGUUCCCUCAAAACCCCCCAAUAUCACCAGAAGCACAGGACCUCAUCCUUUCUCUUUGCACCGUUGACCGGUCAAAGAGGCUGGGAAACAUUAGCGGCGGCUCCCGGCGUGUCAAGGAACACCCCUUCUUCCGAGACCUAAACUGGGACGACAUAUAUCAUCGCCGCCACAGAGGGCCCAUCAUCCCACCAGUGCGCUGGCCUGGUGAUGCCCAGUGCUUCGACAUAUAUCCCGAGGAUGAUGGCCGACGAGACGACUACUCUACUGAGAUGGCUGAGAGGUAUGAUCAGUACUUCCGAGAUUUCUGA